CUCGACAGUUCACGUUCUGACAGAUAAGAAUUUUGACAUAACCUCUCAUGCUAGUUUUUGCUAGAAAAAUUAACAGAAAAUUGAACGUUUCGUGUCACAAAUGGCAUCAAUAACAGCUUAUUCGAUGGGCCGACUGGCGAAAUACGUGACAGAGUCGACAUUCCGGAAUUUACGCUCGAAUGUAUACAGGAGUACCACCUGCGGGUACAGCACAGAAGAGAAGGCAAAAGAGGAGAGCAGUGAAAAGCUGCCGACCACCUUAGAAGAAUGCCAUAAGCAGCUGGAAACCCUCACCGGAGAGCUCAACGCUAUUAAGGCACAAGCCAAAGACUAUGAGGAUAAAUACAAGCGCGCGCUCGCGGAAGGCGAAAAUGUCCGUCGGCGUAUGGUCAAACAAGUUGAGGACGCCAAAUCCUUCGCCAUACAGAGCUUCUGCAAGGACCUGCUUGAUGUGGCUGACACAUUGUCAGUGGCAGCAGAGAGCGUGCCAGAGAGUGCACUGGGCGAGGGCGGCGCUGAAGGCGCGGCCGCCGCGUUACGCUCGCUGCACGACGGCGUGCGGCUGACGCGAGCCAUGCUCACACAGGUUUUCACUCGGCACGGACUGGUGGCCGUGUCGCCUUUGAGAGAAAAAUUCGACCCGAACCUCCAUGAGGCACUAUUCCAACAGGAGGUGGAAGGCGCGGAACCUGGCACAGUGGUCGCCGUCUCCAAAGUUGGUUACAAACUGCACGAGCGCUGCGUGCGGCCCGCUCUCGUCGGCGUAGCUAAAGGCUCCUCCUAAUGUAACGAGUAUUCGAACGUGACA